AGUCUGAAGUUUCUUGCAGCCCGUGACACCGCGGUGACAUCAACAAAUCCUAUCCUGAUUCCUGACCGCGCUCGGUGGCGGCGCUCGGCGACAUCCCUUCCUCCAUCCCUCUCAACUCCCCCUCCAUCGGGAUGCACGCGCAGGCACUACUGUCGAACCAGCCGAUCUGGCAGAGCAGCGGCGGGGCGCCGGGUCCGGAUCUCCCCACGGGCUGCGAGACUGCCGCCAGCGGCGGCGAGAAGACGCGGCUCCUCGUCCCCGUCGCCGGCGGGAUCGUCGAGCUCUUCGCGUCGAGAUAUAUGGCGGAGCUGGUCAUGGCGCAGUGCGGUGGCGGUGGGCAGGGGUGGCAGGAGAUGGAGCCGCCGUCGACGGUGGCGCGGGAGCAUCAGCAGCUGCACGGCUCGGGCGUGGGGAGGGCAGAUUCGGGGUCGGAGGUGAGCGACAUGCAGCUGGGGGACGCCAACGACGACGUCGACGGCGAGACGCAGAGGGGCUCCGGCAAGGACGGCGGCCGGAAGCAGCAGCAGUGCAAGAACCUCGAGGCGGAGCUGAAGCGGCGCAAGAAACUCACCGACCGCCUCUACAAGCUCCGCCCUCGUCCCCAACAUCACCAAGGUAAUCAUCGUCAUCCAUGGCCGCCGCCCUGUUUCGUGUUGGGGCUGACGAGCUCACGACACGCCGGCGAUCACCGGAGACAAGAAAUCACGGCAAGGGAGAAAACAGAGACAAUAUGGUGGCGCACAAACACCCUGCCGCAUCAACGGCUUUUUCUGUUUUUCUACUCGAGCUCGAACUCGAUCUGCCCGUCACGUUACACAGGAGGGAGUGGGCUUUACGCACGCGCACUGACGCGCAUGCCGUGGCCCCGACGCACCCACUCACAGACUAGCCACGUCCCACGCACCCCAGCACACGCGCCCUAUGCGGUCAGAUCCAGCCCCUGACGCGGUUGCUCCUCUGCAGUUCACGCCAACUGACACACACACGGUACACAUGCACAUGCACACCCCUGUGCCACAAACGAACGCACACGCCAUGGACCCGAUGCGGCCCGGACCACACCUGACGCGCCCAAUGCCACACCUGCACAGGCACGGAACGCGGUCCGCCGCGGCUUAUUACCCAACAAUCACCCCCUAAGCCACGGCCUGUACAAGGUGAAGCAUUGGGAGGGAUCUAUAGCAUGUGAUCGGUAGUUUGAUCCCUAGUGAUCUCCACUUAAAAUAAUGAUCCUAAAAGACAUGGAGCAUGCACGUACUGGGCCAAGUGAUUUUAGGGCUUCUUUGGAUCACAGGAUUUGCAAAACAAAGGAAUAGGAAAAAUGGAGGAUUUGAUUGCCAUGACAUAGCCAAUCCUGUGGAUUUUUUCCAGAGGUCAGACCUCAUGUGUAAAUUCCUUUGGAAUCAGCACCUUGGAGACCCAAUCCUGAGGAAUUUUAAUGGCCCAAUCCUUUGAUCCAAAUGCGUUUCAUAGGAAACAAUCCUGAGGAUUGAUAUCCCAUGAAAAUCCUGUAAAAAUCCUUCAAUCCAAAGAAGGCCUUACAAAGGGAAAUAGAAGGCAUGUGCUAGGGAUCUCUGUGUCUGACUAGGGGCAUGGGGCGUGGGGAAUGAUUGGGAUAGAUUUUGUUUUUUUAGGAAAAAUCACCUCGCGAGGUGGGACUGCAUGAGGUGUGACAUGGCUUGGUGUGUUUUGGAUAUUGAGGUGUCCAUCCUGCAACUUGAGAUAAAUCAAGUAGUGCGGGUUUUUUUUUUUUUUUGCAAAAAGUGGGGGUAAAGUAUAUAGGAUUCUUGUAAUAUUCUCACUUACGGUUAAGCAUGUCCAUACAGGCAUAAACCAUAUUAUAAACAUAGUAUAUAUUUGGUUCUGCAAACAGGAUUUCUUGUGCAAAUGCGACAAGGAACACUCUGAUUUCUUAAAACGCAGAGCAUUCAGUGAAUAUUCUUAUGAUGUUGCUCUGCCAUCUUUCUCAACUACCAGCAGACAAGGAGCAAAAUGGUUGAACAGCUUGGCACUAACAUAUACUAGUACUGAUUGCAGUGAUUUUUCUUUUCACUGUCAUAUAAAGCGCAUUUGUCAUUCUUAAAUAAUGUCCAUACCACCCUUUUUCUUUCACUCGUUUGAUUUGAUGGCGUCGAUUCAACCACACUUAUUUCUUGCUACUUUCGAAAGGGUUCAUCAUGGCUGUCAUCAUUUCUAAAGGCACAGGGUUCUUCAGGCUCCUAUGAUCCCGUAACCUUCACAGAGUGGUGCUUACUCCAUCUCUUGAACAUAAAGCGUGUGUUAGCCUUUAGCAGAUUCUUACUCAGUUUAACGUAAAAUGUGCAUCAUCUGAAAAGCUUCAAGGCUUGUGAUGGCUUUGGCAUGCUUUUGAGAAUUAAAACUAGGAGCACCAUGCAAAGCAUCAACCUCUUUAAAAAUCUUUGAAAUACCCCUGAGGCUCUCCUUGACAGUUACACCGGCUCUUUGGAAUGCUUCAUCUUGUACGUGGAAGAUCACAUGUUAUUUGUGAAACGAAAAUGGUUGUUUUAUAAUUUAGUUAACAUGCGCACGACAAAAAAAUCUUCAUCAAGGUUCUUCAUGGGGCUCUCCAUGUCCUCCUUUUGUAUUCCCUGGUUAGAAUGGUCCUUCGCAGCGAUCUCCGUGACAUCCUUCUGUUUUCCCUGGUCAGAACCAUUAUCAGCCUUCUCAGUAGGGGCCUCCAUUGGGUCUGAAGGUGCUCAGAGGUCAGAAAGAUGUAUGUCCUCCACUGCUGGGAAUAUUCAUAAUGGUGGUUCUUAAAAAAACAUGUUAGUAUGGGGUGUUUGGAUAGUAAAGUUAUUUAGAAAAAACCUUCUUCACAUAUUUCUCCAAUUAUAAUAAUCUCAUAAUUAGAUAAUUUACAUCAUAAUGUUAUGCUUAUGUACAAUUCUUUGAUGAGGUCCACCAGGAGCUUGCCAUGUGUAAGGGUACGCCUAAGACACUCGUCCAUUUUUUUUCAAGGGUGCACAUCUUAUCGACUUGUUGUGCACCGGCCUCCCGCACGAUGGACCCAACUUCUUUCAAACAACCAAUACAUGGUCGACGAGUACCUUAGCUUGCAACUUUGGAGCAGUUAGAAGCAUAUAACUUCAAUAGUAGUUGCAAUAUUACAAUAUAUAUUUAUGCCUGAUGUAACCACUAGUGCAGGCGACUGCUAUGCAAAUGAUUUUUACCCCCUUUCCGUGACAGACUUUUAAACUGUCGUCUUGCCUGUUUGUGCGAUAGGGGUCCAUCCCACACAACCCAUAAAAUGUCGGCGAUGCUGGAAAUAUGCCCUAGAGGCAAUAAUAAAAGGAUUAUUAUUAUA